GAACGAUGCUCUUCAAACGGGCUACAAGAAAGAGCUGGAGGACCGAGUUAUCCAGGUGGAGGCAGCAAGGAAUGCGUUGGAAGCCUGGUAUGCAAGGCGUGUUGCUGAAGAGCUCAUCGUUGACCACGAGCGAGAACUAUACGAUGAUGCUAUGAGGCAGACCGAGACG